GUGCAUUUAUUUUUCAUUUCUUUAUACAUAAGCGUCUGUCUUAUUAUUUUUUUAUAACUUUUUAAUAGAUUUAGUUUUUACCAGUACGCAGAUUUGUUAAAAUGUCGUCGAGGUCAUUUCGUGCGAGCUCCGAUCGAAAAGUUUACGUUGGCAAUCUUGGAACGCACGCAUCAAGAGAGGAUCUUGAAGAAGAAUUCAGCUACUACGGAAGAUUGGACAGCGUUUGGGUCGCAAGAAACCCUCCAGGUUUUGCGUAUGUUCUUUUCGAAGAUGCCCGAGAUGCAAAAGAUGCCGUUCGUGGAUUAGAUGGAAAAAUAAUUUGCGAUCGAAAAGUAAGAGUUGACAUUUCAAACUCCCGAAGUACCGGUCGGCCUGCACGACGUGGUCCUGCUCCAUAUGAUAGAUAUGGAGGAGGAGGUGGUGGUGGAAACCGAGGGUUUCGAAGCGAUAUGAGAUGUUACAACUGCAGCGAGACCGGUCACUUUGCACGUGAUUGCCCAAGGUCUAGAGGUGUGGGUAGGCGUCGCCGCUCCCGCUCUUAUUCUAGGUCCCGUUCACGAUCUCGAUCCUACUCCAAGUCCAGAUCUCGUAGUCCAAGGAGAAAGAGAUCACGCAGAAGUCGAUCGCGCAGCACAUCAAGUGCUGAGCGCAAAAGUCGCAGCCCAAGAAAAUCAAGUCGUGAAGAUCGUCGACGUAGGACCAGAUCUGAUCGCUCCAGCCGUUCCAGAUCAAAAUCGGAAGAUAAGAAAGGUUCUCGUUCCCGUUCAAGAAGUCGUGACAAAGAUCGGAAGAGUCGCUCUCGAUCCAAAUCCGUGGAGUAUAUUGAGAAGAGGGAUUCUAGAAGUCGAUCACGCAGUGCUGAUAAAUCAAAGAAGAGCAGAUCAAAAUCUCUGGAUCGAUCCAGGGAUCGCAGUGCCUCAAGGAGCAGAUCUCGUAGCAGGAGUCCUCGGGGUAAUAAAUCUAAAAGUAGGUCCAGAUCUCGUACCCCAGUGAAUGGUGUCGAGAAUGGAAAUUCUCCACGGAAUCGCAGUAGAUCUCGUUCUAGGAGCAAAGAUAAUGCACCCGAAGAUGAGAGGCAAAAAGAACAUUCCAGAUCACCGAGUCCCAAUCGCUCUGAUAAUGAAAACUGAUGAUAUUUUUAAAAAAUUCGACCAACGCAUAAUUUCUGUUCAAUGACAGAAAUGGUUCAUUUUUGUAUCCGCUGAACUGCAAACAUUCCUAAAACGUUUGGGAUCUUUUUAUCCGAUAAACUGUAACUUUUACACAUGAUCAUCAAUAAUUACAGUUUAAGUUUUAAGUUAAUUUUAUGAACACUAGAUCUUUGUAUUGUCACCAUACUCGAAAAUGCGUCAUUUGAAAAUCUUGUAAAUUAGUUCGACCAUCAAGUGUAAAUAAAACGUUUGUGUAGUUCAUAUAA